UAUGAAACCAAGACAAGUACUAGAAAUUUUUGCAGCGGCUCAAAGAAGAACUGAACCAAAAUCAUUAGUUAUAUUAAGAGCUUUUAUAGCUAUUUUAUUCUUUAUUAUACUUAUUUGUUAUAUGUUCGUUCAAAUUGAGGACGUUCGAUUAGAUACACCUAUAUUUUCUAUCGUACAAAGUCAUGAAGAAGAAAAAGUUAUACCAAUGCCAAAUGUAUACUUCGCUUAUGAUCAUCAAUUCACAAUAUCGUGUCAAAUUAAUGGCCGUAUAACUAAAAUAUCACAAGAAGUUUGUCUAACACAUAUACAACAACCAGUAUUAUCAUCAACUGACGACCAAACAUAUAAAGGAACAUUUAAAUCAAAUGGAUUAAAAUUUAUAAGAAGUGAUAUUGAAAAAAUUGAUUUUAUCUUUACAGUAAAUAAUCUUAGUAAUGAAAUUCUAGCAGAUGAUUUAGGUAUUGAAAUACGAAUUUUUGAUUCUGAAGCUCAAGAUCCUUUAGAUAAGUUUAAGGAAACUAAUAUACACGUUGCUGAUAUUUUCUCAUCUUUAAUUGAUUUAAAUUUAUAUCAUUUAUUCUCUCAACAGCAUCAUACAGUGGAAUUAGGAAGAACUAAAAGAAAAAUAGCAAAGGAAUUUUGGUGGAAUAUUUUAGGAAUACCCCCUACUUUUGUAGAUGAAACACAUAUAAAUUCUCAUUUAGAAGUUCAUCCAUUACUUGGCGCUCCAGCAAAUUCUUAUUCUAAAUUGACUUUUGUAAUGAGAACUUGGAGAGUUCCAUUAGAAAAAGAACAAAAAGCGAAAACGUUAUUUGACACAGUUGGUCAAAUUGCUGGUGUAGCAGGAACAUUAUCACUAUUAUAUGCAUUCUUGUUCGGUGCUGGUCCAAGUGCCAUCCAAACUUGGGGUGUCGUACAAAAGAUGAAAUGUUUUGGUAUUAAAAGAGGUGUAAGAAAACAUAUAAAUCGUCGUUAUCCAAGAUUACCAUUUAUUCAUACAUCGGAAGACAAUGAGAUUAUAAAAGGUAAAGAUUAUGAUGAUGUUAUUGAAAGAUUAGAUGCUGUUGAAAGAUUUCUUAAAGAAUAUGUUGUCGAUGCUGACUUUUUAGCACAAAUAGAAAAGUUAGAUAAUGAAAAUAAAAAUAAAACUUAAUUAUUGGGAGGUAUAAAAACUAAAAAUAUCGUUAAAUCAACAUCAAAAAUGAU